GAAUGUUUCGAGGCGUGUUGGUGGUGGUGUCGGGAUUAAUGUUGGCGGGACUGUCGCUAGAGCUGAUGCGGUUUAAGCCGAAAUUUGAGUCGUAGUUGAUGGGCAAGCAGACGUCGCCGAGAGAGGAGUUGUCGAAGGAGUUUGAUCUGGACAAGAUCUGAGAGCCCUCAAACUCGUAGUCUGAGUCGAGAAAGUUGUCGUCAGAGGAAGAGGAGUCGAUGGGUUUGUUGUGGGCGUGAGAAUGGCGUCUGAGAAGGCUGAAGCUGUUGCGGGUGGGGUCGUUGGCAGUGGCAGUAGUAGGAGCAGCAGCAGCAGCAGCAGCAGCAGAAGCAGCAGCAGCAGCAGUCGUGGGAUGGGGGAUUGGAGGAUGGGGGGUUGUGGUGUGGGAGAUGGUGGAGUUGUAGAACAAGUUGCUGGGGGUGAGGAGGGACGUGGAGACGUUGUUUCUCUUGAUGGGAUUGUUGGGAUUGCUGUUGAAGUGGGAGGAGGGCUGGAGCGAGCUGGAGACGAGCUGGGACUGGCGGCUCAACCACUGCUCUGUGUGGGAAAGAGGAAGCAAGCUGGGGCUGGUGUCGCCGGCGGGCGAGGAACGCGGUUUUUUGGAGGAAAAGGGCGCCAUGAUCGGAAGCAGCAGCACAGACAGCAGAGCAGACCUGAAGUGUCUGAAACAAGGCGCGACCACGUGACGCGGAUCAGCAGCACUUUAGAGCAGCAGUGCGAGAGAAGGAAGGUGUCUGUGCUGCCAAUGUUGAUCUCAGACCUCUUCCGCGCGCUCGGGCCUGAGCCGCUGGUGCAGCACGCGCCGUUGACGCAGGAGGCGUUGUUUCCGGUGCGUCGCUCUCGUCCCUGCGCUUUCGACCUCGACCCCAGGACCCAGACGCUUCUCUUCGGCAGCACGCUCAGCAGCUUUCUCCCCAGCUCUGGCCUCAAGAACUUUCGCAUCCUCGUGGCCCAGGACGCCGACAACUCCUCCAUCCCCCACAACCGCUACUGCUUCUUGUACGACUCCAGACGUGAUCCAGCCUACUCGGCUCUUUCCGGUGGCGACAAUCCUGGUGCUGACAACGACAACGAUAAUAACACCAACACCAACAAUAAUAACAACAAUAACAACAAUAACAACAAUAACAACAAUAACAACAAUAACAACAAUAACAACAAUAACAACAAUAACAACAAUAACAACAAUAACAACAAUAAUGAUAAUGAUAAUGAUAACAAUGCUGCUCCUGCUGCUCCUGCCGCUUCUGCCAAUGCUCCCUACGAUCCUAUGUCUGCUCUCUACAAAAACAUCUCUUUCGACGCCUACGAGCUCUAUCUCCUCCAGUUCAUCUUUGGAACAGACAUCAUCAAUGCCACCGACACCAUCACAAAGUACCACAUUCUCAACAACACCGGCAAGCAUCUCAACAACUACCAAGACACCACCAACGACAUCAUCUCUUCCUUCUCCUCCACCUUCUCCCCUUCUCUUUCGCCCUCCUUCUUCACCUCCAACCAGCACCAUCCAGCAGCCGCUCCUGAUAACGACAUCCACCACACUCCCCCAUCCAGCGACUUGGACAACCAACAAAACAACAACGAGAACGAUGUCCACUACAAAUACCAAUUGCUAAUCACAAGGCUAUUCUUAUUCAAACCUGAUUCUUCCAUAUCCAGCAAUCCCAACAACGUUUCCUCAAGCGACCCCAAGCAAAAUGCUGAUCCGCUUUAUAAAAACGAUAGAAACAAUAAAGACAAUCACAAUAAUCUCCAUAACCAUCCAUGCAACUCUGACAAUUCUGCGAAUCCUGCCUACAACAUCAAAUACAACAUCAACACAAUCCCCUACUCCAACAAACCAAGCAACUACAACCGCCACGACUCUACUCGUUUGUCCAUCUCCUUUGUCAUAUCCCUCGACUCCCUCCAAAUGAUCAACUACCUCCUCAUCUCAAACCACUUGGAAUUGCUCAAAUACCUCAACGACCUACAACUCAUCCUAAUAAAACACCUCUCAAUCCUAUUCAACUCUCAAUCAACCUCUCCCCCUUCUUUCCACCCUUACUACUCAAUCGACAAAAAAGUCUACAAAUCAACACAUCGCAAAAGAGUCCGUUUCUCCAAAUUCUUGCUUCAAUUGAAAUUCCAAAACAACCUAAAUCUAUACAACAACUUUUACAAUAACCUCCUAAACCUAAUCAAAACCCCAAGAAUCCUUAUCAACCUUAUCUACUUAGAAAAAAUCUUUCUAUCAAAUUACACCCCUCUAUCCAAUGCCAACACAAAUCUCAUUACCAACAACAACAACAACAACAACAAUAACAAUAACAAUAAUCACUAUGAUUUCUUUGAUUACAAUAAAUACAACCAGGUCGUAUUGAAAAAUUUCGCCUACGAAAUCACAAAUUGGUUCAAAAAUAAAGAAAGCAGAUACUACAACAACUUCAACUCAUAUUAUAACCAAAACUAUAACCAAAAUAACAACAAACCUUCCUUCCUAGCCUCUCUUUUUUCCAUCAUUAUCCCCCUAAGAUACCAACUAGUCAACUCUCAUCCCGCUGAUAAAUCAACAAACAUCAUCAGAGUAAUCAUCCUCUCCUCAAACCCUCCAAUUGCACAGAAAUUAAUCUUCAUCUUAUCCUCUCUAUUCCCAAACGUUUUAUUCGACUACAAAUUUGAUUCCGCCUCACUUUCCAAAUAUCCUUCUAAAUCAAAUUCAAAAUCGGAUAUCACAAAUCAAAAAAAAAAUUAUCAAAAAGUCCCCAAUAUCCCUCAUCACAACAACAACAAAAAUAACCACAACAUAGAUUUACCAAUUGCACAGAAAUUUGAUAACUUUAACUCUAAUCACAUUCAUAACCACACCUCCAUCUACAGCCACAACUCCAUCUACAACCACCAAAUCUUAAAGCAAAAGAAAAUAUCCCCCAAAAAAAACACAAACAACACUCUGACAACCUUCUCCCAAUAUGAUCAUCCAAUCCCAACAACCGCCCCAAUUAUUGGCUUACCAAAUUCAAUUCCCUCUCCUGGCUCUCCCCUAUCCCCAGUCUACAAAUCAAUGCCAAUAGCUCAACCUUCCUUUUCAACCUCAAACCCAUUUGUUGUCUCAAUGUCAAGAACAAACUCAUCCAAUAUCAAUACCGCAAAUGAUACUGACGCUGAUAUCGAUAAUAACCUCGAUAGCUUAAGCAACAGUUUGAAACAAUCUUCCUUUUUCGAUAACUUCUCUUCCAAUUAUUCCUCAAAUCAAAAUGCUGCAAGAAAGCAAAAUUACGGUCUUAACAUGUUUGAUAAAUUCUUUUCCUUUUCCCAAAAUAAUAAUAAUAAUAAUAAUAAUAUUGAUAACAUCGAUAAUAGUGAUGGCAAUAAUAAUUCCUAUAUAAAUAAUCCAAAUAACCUAAGCAUUAAUAAAAACUCAUUCUCUCAUUCAAAUAAACCAACAACAUCUUUGGGCUUUGAUACUGUUUCAAGCUCUCUUAAAUCAAAUCUAUCUGCCUAUAGAACCCCCUCUCCCGCCAUUGAUUAUGAUGAUUAUCCAUGGGUUACAAGCCUAACUCCUAGUGGAACUAACAGUAUUAGAACCGCAACUUUUUCAAAUCCCCAAUUAAAUCAACAAACUAUCGUAAAUCGUAAUAACAAUCAAUCUUCCAAUAACGAUCUUUAUCAACAUCCCUAUUUAUUUCAAAAUCAAAAUCAAAAUAUCUAUUCCCAUAGAUAUAGCGAAUCAUUAUCAUCAACUAGAGCCUAUAAACUUAAUAAAUCAAGUAUUGAAUAUUUAGUCCCAAAACAUCUACCUAAAAUUGAUAGAACAUUUUCCUUAUUAAGAAAAAUUCAUUUGCCAAAUGAAUUUCUCAGUUGUGAUAAAUUAUCAUCCAUUUCCUUAUCUACAAAACAAUUUUCAAAUUCAGCUUUGGAUUUUGAUUCAAAUUCAAAUUCAAAUUUAAAUCUAGAUAUAAAUUCAAGCUCAACUACUGUCAAUCAGCAUUUUUUGGAAAAUGAAAUCUUGAAUCCACCAUUUAAUAAAAAAUUUUUAAUUGUUGAAAGCGAUUUAGACGCAUCAGAUAAAGUUGCCCAUGAUAUAUUUUUUGGUACAAUAAAAGAGAAAGAUCGCAAAAGAUUAAAUUUUAAUCAAACCGACUCAGUUUUGCUAAUUGAUAUCAAUGAAGUCAAAAAUGAUGGAAAUAAAUAUUACGUUAGUUGUGAUUGUGAUGAACUUGAAGAUUUGACUGAUAAUUUUAAUUUCAAUAACAAUAAAACUGGUAUUCAUAAUAAUAAUAAUAACUCCGAUAUAAGUACGGGAAAGAAAAUUGCGCAUAAAAAACCUGAGAGGGAUGAAAAUAAUCUUGUUAAUAUCAAUAAUAUUAACAAUAAUAUCAAUUUGAGUGAUGGUAAUUGCAAUUACGAAUUUUUCGGCAAUGAUAUCACAGCGAAUCCUAUUAAUAUCGGAGAAGAAAUAAAUGAUGGGAUAGAUUCAAAUAUUAAUAGUUAUACAAGUGAUGAUUUACCGGCAUUUUUUGAUUCAAAAAAGAACAGUUUUGAGGAGAAAAACUAUUUAAAGAAUGAGAAAUUUUAUUUACCUCAAAAGGAAAAAUUGUUACCACCAAUUUGUGGAUAUGUUUCUGAAUUUUUGCCCGAAUUUUGUAUGCAAGCAUGUCCAUUGAAUAUCGAAAACUUGGAUCAAAAAAUUUGCACAGUUAUGAAAUUGGAUUUAAAUUUCAAUGAUUUUAUUCAUAACGAGGAUUUUAAAAAGCAAAAUAAAGAUUUGAAAGACAUAUCGAUUAGUAAGACAAUUGUAAUUAAUUUGAAUAGCAAAGAUGUCACAGAGUAUGAAAUAUUAGAAAAGAAUCCAUUUUAUAAAGGUAAUUGUGAAGGACCUAAGAAUGAUAAAGGUAAGAAUAUUAAAAAGAAUAAGACUAAAAAUGAAAAAGACGAAAUUGAAAAAGAACUUGAGCGGGAUAGAGCUAGAGCAUUGAAUAAACUCAAAAACGAUAAUAUUGAGAGAAGUUCCAAGGAUGUAGAUAACAACGUCACAAAUGCUAAUUCUACCGCUGGUAUUAAUAAUAACAAUAAUAACAAUGAUAAUACCAACAGCAACAACAAUAAUAACACUCCAAUUAAUACUACUACUACUACUACUACUACUACUACUACUACUACUAAUAAUAAUAAUAAUAAUAAUAAUAAUAAUAAUAAUAAUAAUAAUAAUAAUAAUAAUAAAACUAGCAACAAUACUGUUGGAAGUAACAUUACUGGAAAUAUUGGCAGAAAUAGAUAUUGGAGAAGUGGUAGCAAAAAUGGUAAAGAAAAUAACAAUGCAAAUAAUGAUGGACAUAUCAAUAUGAAUUUAAACAAUAACAAUUAUGGAAAUGUAAAUAAGGGUUUCAAUGACGGUGGUGAUAAUUUAUCGAGAUCAUUUAAAAGUCAUUUUAAAAGAACAUCUUCUUUUUUCUCGUUUUCAUCGUCAUCAAACCCCUCAAUAUCAUCGUCAUCGUCAUCAUCUGUUUUCUUGAAUUUUUUUGACAGUAACGAAAAUUUUAAUAGUUCUAAUAGUUUUAGCAAUGUUAUUGAGCAAGACUACAUAAACAAAAUCAACCCAUAUGUCAAUGGAUAUUUUAAGUUUGAAGAUAAAACGUUUAGUUUCAUCAACAGAAAAUUGGUUGGCUAUGAUGGGCGAAACUAUUCCAACCCAGAGAACAAAAAAAAGGUGCAAGAAAUCGACAGGUUGGUCAAUAAGUUGGUGCUGCUAACAGAGGAUUACCAGUAUGACCGGACGAAGUGUGAAGAAGAAAUCGACCUUUUCACUGAGAUAUUGAGAAACGAAGAAACAAGCGACUUGGAAACAGCCAAUGGCGACGAGUAUAUGAAGGACGUGUUGCUGAAUGAGGUCGACGACGAAGAUGUGAAGCUCAACCAGAUGCACAGCCUGAUGAGCAUUGUCAAGCGAUUGGAUCGAGCUUACUUUGAGAAAAUGCAGUUGUUGCUCGACGAGAUUGUAUCUGUGGAGUAGGUGCUAUACUAUAUACGAUUAUUUACAAGCUAUAUUAUUUUUAUACUAUCCUAUUAUACUAUUUUGUUAUACUAUUUCAUUUUGCUACUUAUUAACUCUCUAUCAAAGGUCUCUUUCACAUGCCAGAGAGCUCUGUUGGGCUCAGAACGGC